CCACAGUUAAUUAAAAAUAGCACGUGGGCUAGCACUGGUCACAGACUGCACUGUAUCCUGUCACUUCUGGGUGUGAGGUAAAAGUGAAUCAUCUCAUCCUCCUCUGUAGAUAAGAGGACGUGGGCCGGAAGCAUGUGGAGUGUCCUACAAGGCUGGAGGCCAGGGCAACUGAGCCGGCACAGAGCCCUGGCGUGGGGCGCCCUGGGGCAGCAGCGGUCCCCAGCUGUCCGGGCUCUAGCCUGCACGGGCUCCAAGCGCCGGGACGAGUACAGCUAUGUGGUAGUGGGCGCGGGCUCCGCCGGCUGCGUGUUGGCCAGCCGGCUCACGGAGGACCCGGGCGAGCGCGUGCUACUGCUGGAGGCCGGGCCCAAGGACCUGUGUGCCGGGAGCAAGCGGUUUCUGUGGAAGAUCCACAUGCCCGCUGCCCUUGUGGCCAACCUGUGCGACGACAGGUACAACUGGUGCUACCACACGGAGCCGCAGCCCUGCCUGGAUGGCCGCGUGCUGUACUGGCCACGCGGCCGCGUCUGGGGAGGCUCCUCAUCCCUCAACGCCAUGGUCUAUAUCCGCGGGCACGCCGAGGACUACGACCGCUGGCAGCGCCAAGGGGCCCAGGGCUGGGACUACGCACACUGUCUGCCCUACUUCCGCAAGGCUCAGGCCCAUGAGCUGGGGGCCAGCCGGUACCGCGGCGGCGACGGCCCGCUGCGGGUGAGUCGGGGCAAGACCAACCAUCCACUGCACCAGGCGUUCCUGCAGGCGGCACAGCAGGCCGGUUACCCGCUCACCGAGGACAUGAACGGCUUCCAGCAAGAAGGCUUCGGCUGGAUGGACAUGACCAUCCACGAAGGCAAGCGUUGGAGUGCUGCCUGCGCCUACCUGCACCCAGCACUGAGCCGCACCAACCUCAGGGCCGAGACCCGGACACUGGUGAGCAGGGUGCUGUUUGAGGGCACCCAUGCUGUAGGCGUGGAGUACCUCAAGGAUGGCCAGAGCCACAGGGCUUACGCCAGCAAGGAGGUGAUUCUGAGUGGGGGUGCCGUCAACUCUCCGCAGCUGCUCAUGCUCUCAGGUGUUGGGAAUGCUGAUGACCUCAAGAAACUGGGCAUCCCUGUGGUGUGCCACCUGCCUGGAGUUGGCCAGAACCUACAAGACCACCUGGAGAUAUACAUCCAGCAGGCAUGCACACACCCCAUCACCCUCCAUUCAGCACAGAAGCCCUUGCGGAAGGUCUACAUUGGUCUGGAGUGGCUCUGGAAAUUCACAGGGGAUGGCGCCACAGCCCAUCUGGAAACAGGUGGGUUCAUCCGUAGCAGGCCUGGAAUCCCCCACCCAGACAUCCAGUUCCAUUUCCUGCCAUCCCAGGUGAUUGACCACGGGCGAGUCCCCACCCAACAGGAGGCUUACCAGGUGCAUGUGGGGACCAUGCGGGGCACAAGUGUGGGCUGGCUUAAACUGAGAAGUGCCAGUCCCCAAGACCAUCCUGUGAUCCAGCCCAACUACUUGUCAACAGAAACCGAUAUUGAGGACCUCCGUCUGUGUGUGAAGCUCACCAGAGAAAUUUUUGCACAGGAAGCCCUGGCUUCCUUCCGGGGAAAAGAGCUCCAGCCGGGAGGUCAUGUUCAGUCGGAUAAAGAGAUAGAUGCCUUUGUGCGGGCAAAAGCCGACAGCGCCUACCAUCCCUCGUGCACCUGUAAGAUGGGCCAGCCCUCCGAUCCCACUGCUGUAGUAGACCCACAGACCAGGGUCCUCGGGGUGGAAAACCUCAGGGUUGUCGAUGCCUCCAUCAUGCCCAGCGUGGUCAGUGGCAACCUGAACGCUCCCACGAUCAUGAUCGCAGAGAAAGCAGCUGACAUCAUUAAGGGGCAGCCUGCCCUCUGGGACAAAGAUGUCCCUGUCUACAAGCCCAGAACCCUGGCCACCCAGCGUUAAGGCAGCCCCUGCCUGAGGAUGACCAGAAGAAGAAUCCCCUGACAAGCCAAGAGGGCUGACACAGUCCUUGCUCCAAAGUUCCUUCCUAAAACUGUCUAGAACACUAGGACACAGGUGGCACCCUACCCAGUGGCUGAGAAUUGGAUAAUUUCCCAAGAAAUUAGGUAAUGAAUCAAACUUUUCCCCAGUGUUUCCCUGUGGGCCAUUUGAGGAAGGCCAGCAUUUGGGCUGAGGCCCCUUCUCCCUGCCUCCUGGAAGGACAACAGGGGAAGACAGUUAACUCCUGCCAUGUUCUUAUCUUGUGUCCACAUGGCCUUCUCUAACCCAGGG